AUGGAGUUUCUUGGAACGACUCAGACUGCCAGUUACUGCCGCACAAAAAAACCUUGUGCUUUGUCUGAGUUGCCUCCUGCAACUAUCACCCAGGAGAGUUACCAGCCUUACUAUCUGCCAGGAUACCGAUACCUCAACUCAUGGCGGCCUAGCUUAUUUUAUAAAGUCUCCCCCAACCAGAGCUGUCCAGAUGAGGGGGCCAUAGGCCGGAACCCCUUGAGGCCUCCCACUAUCCUGCCUGCCCUGCGCACUGCCUUGUCCUCCCGGUAUAGCCACCAUGACUGGGACCAGUCGAACAUGGCCCAGCUCCGGGGGGCUGAAACCUCCCAGCACUGGGCAAACAGGUUGACAUCUGACUCUGUGAGGUUGAUGCAGGACAAAGACCAGCUGACCCGACAGAUGCAAGAGAGCACCUGCCGCAACCUGGGCCAGAGGCUAUCUGACAUUGGCUUCUGGAAAUCAGAACUGACCUAUGAACUAGACAGGCUAUUGUCUGAGAGCCAUGCACUGGACACUGCCAAGAAGCGACUGGAGUGUGCAGCUGAUGAACUAGAAAAUCCACUACAGGUGGCCCUCGAAUGCUUAUACCAUCGUGAAAAGCGGAUAGGUAUCGAUUUAGUCCAUGACAGUGUUGAAAAAAACCUUAUCCAGGAGGUUGAUUUGCUAAAAUGUUGUCAAGAUCAAAUGAGAAAACUGGCAGAGAGAACUGAUGUUCAGCUGCGGGAUAACCGAGAUGCCCAACAUUCUGUGGAGAGAGACUUAGCUGAUAAAAAUUCCGCACAGUUCAUUGACCAGAAGUGCUUCAACCUGAGGAACACAUCGGACAGCAUCAACUUCUUUCAUGGAGUGGAGAAAAUAGAUGGCACGGUCUCAGUACCUGAGACAUGGGCCAAGUUUACUGAUGAUAACAUCAGGCAUUCUCAGAACAUGAGAGCCAACUCCAUCCGGCUGCGAGAAGAAGCUGAGAACCUACUGGAAGGCUCAUCAGAUCGAAUAUGGAAGCAGUUUACUACUACCAAUCUGGCCUUCAGCACCCGAAUUUCUGAGGUGACAGAUGUGAAAAAUAAACUUCAGAUACAGCUGGCAAAGACGCUGCAGGAAAUCUUCCAGCUCCAGAAUACCAUCAUGCUUUUGGAGAGAGCCAUCACCGCCAAGGAGUGUCCACUGAAGGUGGCUCAGACGAGGCUAGAGCACAGGAACCGGCUCCCUAAUGUGGAACUCUGCCGGGACAUGAGUCAUUUCAAGCUAGUGAAUGAAGCAUUUACCAUCGAUGACACCUUGCAGACUCUGAAGCUUCGACUGUGUGAGGCACAGGACACCUUACAGCUUCUGGUCCUCACCAAGACUCGGUUGGAACAUGAUCUUUCUGUCAAGGCCAACUCUCUCUUCCUUGACAAGGAAAAAUGUAUGGCAAUGCGAAAGACCUUCCCCAGCACCCCUCGCCUGGUGGGCUAUACUUGA